AUUAUUGUUUACAUCCGGGUAUCUAGAGUUUGCACCCAAAAUGGCGACGUCUGUCAUACGGCCGAGAUAUAAUGACGCAGGAAUCAAUCGACGGUGAGCCGAGUGACAAACUACCCUCGAUGUGAACAGUUUGCUCUUGCGCAAUACCGCUGGAGAACACCCUGGCUUUUAGCGAGAGGACUCCAAUUUUAGGUCAAGUACAUUUAUGAUGUACCCAUCUUGUUUCUUAGAACUGCAACACUCGAAAUUCUUGUAACAGGACUGCCUUUUAACAUCAGGGUCCCUUGUUGAAGGGGGUUACCAUUGUGACAGUUACCUUCCAUACCUGCCUGGUUAUUCGGCUAUGUUGGAUAUAUUUAAGAAAAUUGCCAUCAUUCUUCCCUGCCUAGCUUACCUACAAAGCACCAAGACCUGUGAUCCAGGUCAAGAACCUGAUCGCAAUGGCGGUUGUAGAGAAUGUCUGCCUGGCCAUUUUAACACUAAUCACAAUCGUGUGGAUUCCAGUUUCGCCGACUGUAUAGCAUGGGCAAAAUGUAAUGAAGAAGGCCAGUAUAUAUUAACAGAAGGGAGUAUUUAUAAGGAUCGCCAGUGCUGGUGCAAUGAAACAGCUGGCUAUGGACCAAAACGACCGAAGCGAUGUUACGAAGGCGGCUCUGUGCAAACUGGAGAGCUGGAGGAGGCGUGCCAGUGCCGCAAGUGUAAACGGGAAGGAGACUGUCCUCUGCUCAGGGAUAAGAAUGGAAACCUGCUUGAAGAACUUACACUAGAUGUGGGCCAUGAAAGUAUAGGUUUGAACUCUUGUCGGCCUUGCAGUGGGGUACCAGUGACACAAGUGGUGCCCCCUACAACUAAGCCAGUGACAAGUUCAGUACCUUUGCCAACCAACUCCAGUGAUGUCACAGACCACACAGAAAUUGCAGCUGCUUCCACACCUAAAGAAAAGACAAACUAUUCAGUAGUCAUUGGUGUUCUUGUUGCAGUAGUAGGGGUAGUGGCUAUAAUAGCUGUGAUGAUAGUUAUAUGGAAAAGAUCAGGAAACUCAUGCCAUGUCACAAUGUGUAAUUGUGUUAAAGGAAACAUUCAAAAUAGCCAUCAGUAUGAUCCUGUUAGUUGGUCAUCAUCCGGGAAUUACCAAAAUGGCCACACCAGUGGCUUGGAGAGGGAAAUGUCUUUAAUAGAGAAUGGCCAAAAUGGCCAUGUCAAUGGUUUGCCAAGGAGAGAGCAGUUACAGAAUGGUGCUCUGGAAAGAGAGGGUGCUCAAAUGCAAGGUGAUGAUAACCCAGCCCCCCCAGUUCGUUACAAAUACGACCUCUUUCUAGUGCAUAGUAGUGAAGAUGAGGAGGAGGUUCUCGAGUUAGCAGAACGCCUGGAAGAAGAACAUGGCAUAAAAUGCUGCUAUGCUGACAGAGAUUUUCAACUUGGGAAGCGUGUCAUGAACAAUGUGGAAGAUCUUUUCAAGGAGUGUAGACACAUAGCACUUUGUUUGACUAGAAAUUAUUUGGCUAGUAGUUGGUGCCAGCAUGAGCAGAGCAUGGCACUGGGUAAAGCCACAGAGAAUGGCGGUCAGGGGAUGAUCCCGCUGCUCUUCAGUGGCUUUCCCGAGUCUGAUGUUCCACCAACCCUGAAAGCUUACUCUUACUUCAAACUGACUUCUGAUCCACAGUCUUUAACACAGCUUGCCAGACAUAUUAAAGGCUGAGGGGAACAGAGGUCAAGGACUUUGGAAGCUCAAGGUCAUCCUGUCAUCGGUCACUCUCACUAGAUGAUUGCUAGUAUCAGUCUUCUGGAGGGAGGAUGACCAUCUGAUAAAACAGAGAUUUGUGGUUAUUUAUUUAGUUAAGCUGUUGUCCCACAGUUCACAGUGCAGCUGUUUUUCGGCAGUUUUAGAUGCAGCUGUUGUCCAAGUGAUGCUCUUGGGGCGCAGUUCACAGGGCAAUUGUUCAACAAUAAAAAUUGCCCUUUUUUUUUUGGCAUGAUAAAGAUUGCAAUUCUCAACAGACCUUAGUGCAAUUUGAACUGUUAUAAAACACAUCUGAAAUGACGUAAAAUUGCCAGGCAGUUGAGGUUUGCAUGGUCCUGGAAUGCAGUCCCUUUCAUACAGUAUAUUAGGGAAAAAUGGUUAACCUUUAUAUUAUAUUUUAGUGUGCAUUCUCAUUAACACCAUUGCUCUACAUAGGUCAACCCGCUUUUGCAGGGAGUCUCACUGAGUGCAAUCAGCUUAACAGAUUUCCACUUCGCCUCCUUGCUUCAGUAAAACACAGAAGCUAGUGAUUAUACAAGUACGUUGGAAACAAAAAGAGGUGUGUCAUUCAGUUAAGCUGAUUGCACUCAGUGAGAGUCCCUGCAGAUUUAGUUCAAUCCAUGUAGACCGAUGAUGUCUAUUGGAAUGGGGUCCUAGACCUUCAAUAUGACAAAUCUGUUUUGGAGAUAUGUUUAUGUCAGUGAGACGUUUUGCAAUUAAGGUUUUGAAAAUUAUCCAUGUUAUAGUGGAUUAUGUGUAGAAGUAUUUUAAUACUUAUAUUUAAUAAUAAUAUUAAAAAUUUGUACAAACGUGGAAGAUGCAACUUCAGUUCUAAGAGACAGGUAGCAGAGUUACAAAAAAAAUUAUUUUUUUAUUUCACAGCUCAAUUCAUUUUGGGAUUCAUGUAAGUUUAAUAUUUUUAUCUGUAAUGAAUUCAUAUAAGCUGUUGACAGAGUUUGAAUUUAUUGAUUUAACACAAUGUGCAUCAAAGAAUUGCAUGUAUUUAAUCAUUAAUGGUGAGUCAGAGUAUUCUUUUUAGAAGUACCAGCUUUUUCUGUGAUCAGUGCAUUUUUUCAACUGCAUGACCAUUGUUAAGAUUCUGAAGUAUUCCACACCAAGCUCAGCUGUAAAUAAUGAAGGUUCAUCUUUGCUUGUCUGCUUUCAAGCUAUUUUUUCUUCAACUGGAGUGAUAUAUGUUGAAAGUGCAAAAUGUGGUUGCCCUUUUCUUUUCAUAUUGGACUAAGCUAUUAAAAGUGCACUCCAUGAGAUUAACCUGCCAAAAUGGAUUUUUGCAGUAGUUUUUGUCAGCCUUUUUUCUUCAAUUGUUGUAAAUGUUGAAACUACAAAGUAUGGUUGUGGAUUCAAUGUUACAAUGAGAUACAUGAAGGCUGUACUGAAUCUUAUGCCCUUUUUUCUUGGGGGGGGGGGAGGUUUGUAGAAAACCUCAUGAAAGUUUAUAAAAUGUUACAUGCACUUAAGUUUUGAUUAAAUUAAAGAAACUAUCCUUUGGACAAAAUGAUGUCUCUGAAAUAAACUUCUCAAGUUUGAAUAAUUCAGUGAGUUGCAGUGUAUCAUAUCUUCCAUUGUGUAGUGUUCAGAUAAGUGUAAUUUCACCUUCAUCUGUUUAUGUUGUUUCUUUAGCUGUAUUUGAAGUGUGCAGCAUAACUGUUGCAUACAAAGAAAUACAUAGUUUAGAGUGAGGAAGACGGAGGGAGAGAAUCCAUGUUGCUCAUUUUGAAAAGUGAUAAUGGGGGAAAGGGGGGGUGCAGGCCACCCAUCACUCAUCCUUUCUUAGAUCUGUCCAUUCUUACACAGCUACCACUAGUGGGCUAGAUUUGGUCUUAAAGUGCAAUUUAAGUUCACAAGUGAUCUUUUUAAACAUUACACCAUUUUAAA